GUUAAUCGAACUUUGAAUAGAAAUCAGCUAACUCAGUUGUUGAUGCGACCUAAUCGAAAUAUAUCAGAUAACUGGAUCUUGUGCGAGUUGGAUAUACUAAGGAGAGAAAUAAUAUUGCGUGUCCCUCGAUUACAAAUGAUGUAUUAGAUAUUAUAGUGUGUUUUUAUAGUUACAAUAUGAUUUUAAUUGCUAACAAAAUGAAUUUAUUAAUAAUUUAUUUAAUUUGUUUGCUUCCAUUAGGAGUAAUGUGUUACUUCAAUAUGACUGCCUAUAGGCAAAUGCCGCCACUUUACAUCUUAGAUGAUUAUGAUAAAUGUUUGGAAAGUGAAAAUCGGUCCUCCUAUUGUUUGGUUAUUGGACAAAUAGUUCCAAAUGAUACAUCACAUCUUUGGGAACAGAUUUCGAACUUUUCCGCAGUAACGAAGCGGCACUUCCGGCAUGAUUAUCUUUACUUUGGAGUUUGCUUGAAUCCAUGUAAAACGCUUUUACACCCAUUUAGUCCAUUUCGUAAAGAUAUGCUCUACUCGGGUAAAAUAAAAGACACAGAGCUUAUUGAAUAUUUCAACGAUAUAAAUAAAAGAGAAUCUGACAAUAGAAUAAUUUAUGAUAAAACUAUUAACACUUGUCUUAAUUAUAAAUUUGGCAAAGAGUAUGGCUUGCAAGUUCGAUCUUUUGUUCAAUAUUGUGUAGAAAACUCGGAACCGGAAAAUUUUGACAGUGUGGAAUUAACAUUCUUGGGUCUGGUUGGAUUACUUUUCUUGUUAGUUUUGCUCUCAUCAAACUAUGAUCGAACUUUGAAGCACAGACAGCCAUUGAACAUGCAGGGAUAUGAUUUUUAUAAACGCCGUCUGCAGACAAAAAAUGAAACAAUUUUGACAUCAUUUUCAUUAUUUCGAAACUACUUUCGAUUAAUAGUACCAUCACGUGGAGAAAUGGCCCGAGAUUUUAGAUUUCUGGAGACCUAUAGGUUUUUCGCCAUAAUUUUGGUGGUGUUUGCACACGUUCUUUUACUACUGAAGGCAGUUCCAACACUCAACUCAGAGUUUGCGGAAAAAACAUUUUAUAAACUUGGAUCAAAUAUCUUCAUAAAUGGCAGUGUAAUUAUUCAAAUAUUUUUAGUCAUGAGCAGUUUUUUGUUGUGUGUGAAUUUUCAAAAAACUAUGGCUUUGAAAAAACCUGGCAUUUCAGAUUUUGGCAAAUUAAUUUUGUAUCGAUACUUGAGACUUGCACCGUCAUUGGGUUUUGUGAUACUUUUAAAUGCUUCAAUAUUGCCACGACUUCAGGAUGGACCAUUCUGGAGACAUGUCACUGAACCAGAAUAUAUACUUUGUAGAGAAACAUGGUGGACAAAUUUAUUGUUUAUAAACAAUUUUACAUUGAGAAAAAGUUGCCUUCAUCAAACCUGGUACUUGGCUGCAGAUUUUCAAUUGUACAUAAUUUUGUCCGCUGUCCUCAUCAUAAUUGCAAGAUUUCCGAAGACGAGAAAAUGUUUAUUAUGGAUUGGCAUCAGCAUAUCUUUUCUUUCAACAGGCCUCAUAACCUAUUACUUGGAACUUGAUGCUGUACACCAAGAAACUCCAGACUCUUAUAGAUAUUUAUUUUGGACCAACGGUGAUACCAUGUAUAAAGGGUAUGCACCUUUCUAUACUAAUUUUGGAGGAUUUGUUUUCGGAACAAUAAGUGGAUUUAUUUAUUUGAAGUAUAAAAACGAAGGUCUAAAUCUAAAGGAUAAAAAAGCCAAGAUAAAUUUAGUAAUUUUUGCAUUAAUACCUUUGCCGUUUCUUUUGCUACUUUCUGGAGAAAUUUUCUAUCAAAUCGAAUUUCCAAAACCAUCAAUAUGGAUAAGUCUUUAUGCGGCUCUGUUUCGAAAUAUUUGGGCUAUUAUAUGCUGUGCUCUAGUGCUUUUGAUGGCUUUUAAAGCUGGAUCAAUACUUUAUAAAUUUUCAUCUAUGAAGAUAUUUGUGCCUUUGGGAAGAAUUUCAUUCCAGGUUUACCUGAUUCACAGUAAUGUUAUAAGAUGUCUCGUAGGCAGUGUACGCCAGCCUCUUUACGUCAACAAUUUAACUGUGGCAAUGUACGUUUUGGCAAGCAUAGCAAUCUCAUUUAUGGCAGCGUUUUUCAUGUAUUUACUUUUUGAAUUACCUUUAACUACUUUAGUUAAUACAGCAGUUAAAAGAAAUGAGAAAAACAGCUCAAAAGCUUAUAACAAAAAGCCAGUCGAUGAAUCAACAAAUUUAGAGGAAACAACACCAACAUAAGAUUAAAAACAUGACAUUUAUGUCAGUUAGAAAAUAGACAUUUAUUUAAAAAAUAUGCUUCAAAAAGUUUUUUUUUAAUUCCAUUAUUUUUGGAAUUAAUAUUUUUUUAAUAAACAUUUUUUAUUAUAUCAA